CUCUGCCACCAGGGGAGUGUCGUCCAUUAAAGGUUUUCUCCUUCAGCUUCUCCUUCCUUCCUAACCUCUGUCACGCUGUCAUUAGGCGCCCGGCUCCCCAGCCCGGACAGAAAAGCCUAACAAAAUGAAGAUCUGGGCGUCAGAGCACAUUUUCGACCAUCCAUGGGAGACGGUGACCAAGGCAGCAAUGCAAAAGUACCCCAACCCCAUGAACCCCGGUGUGUUUGGUGUGGAUGUUCUGGACAGAAGCGUGGACACAGAGGGACGGUUACACAGCACGCGACUGCUCAGCACUGAAUGGGGGCUCCCCUCUAUGGCCAAGUCUAUCAUCGGGGUAACAAGAACAUGCACUUAUGUUCAGGAACAUUCAGUGGUGGACCCCAAAGAGAAGAGCUUUGAGCUAAAAUCUACAAAUAUCUCCUUCACUAACCUGGUAUCUGUGGACGAGAAGUUGACGUACAAGCCACAUCCGCAGGAUCCUGAAAAGACGGUGCUGACACAAGAGGCUCUGAUCAGUGUGAAAGGUAUCAGUCUGAGCAGCUACCUCGAAGGUCUCAUGGCCAAGACCAUCUCUGUCAACGCCGGGAAGGGUCGGGAGGCAAUGGAGUGGGUCAUCAGGCGAUUAAACACAGAAAUCGAGGAGUUGGCGGCAACCGCUCGUGGUACUAUACGCGCUCCAAUGGCAGCCGCUGUUGCAGACAAAUGAUCCCGGCCUUCCCCGCUGCUUCCUCCACCGUCAUGAACCGAUGGACCUCUCAGACUUCCUGUCAACUAAUCUGCCAGCACACCCUACUAACCACAGCCCCAUCCUUCGGCCCUCCGUUUGUAUGUGUGUUUGUUCCUCCUCAGCAGUCUGCGUCAGCGAGUUUGAUGCUCGCCGCUGCAGGUAGUGACGGGGAGUGUUGAGCUGAUGACAGUUUAAAAAAACAAACUUGGAUUGCACUUGAAGCUCAUAGGACUCGGUCUUGUGAUGUUAAAGCUCUUUUUAAAAUUUACACUGUGCCUUCAUAUCAUCUCAUCAAUUAAUUAUUUCUCCCCUUCAUCUUGAACUUUUCAUCUCUUUUUGUUUCCAAAUCCUUGCAAGCAUGUUGAAGUCUAAAUCCUAAAAUGAAGUCACUUUUCCACUAACUUUUUUUUUCCUGGAUUAGCUGACCUUGAUUUGUACAACAGAACUGACCAAAAUAUUUAUAUAUAAAAAAAAAAAAAAAAAUUAAUAAUCACCAAUGCGAACAGGCUGCAACAAAGUAUAAACGUUAACGCUGCUUCAGUUGUCUUGUGAUAUCAAAGCUCGAGCCUUCUAGUCUCCACGGCCCUGAGUCUGUUGGUUUUUGCCCCACCUGGACUUUCUCACAGGUGGAUUUGCGGCGAGCUGCAGUCUGAUCAGUUGGUAGUAGAAAGUGGUGCAGCUCAGAGGAAUCACAGUUCAGGUGAAGUCGCAAGACAGGAAAGCCAGUUUGUGGGUGUAGUUGCACGGUGCUGUAACAAAUUGUAUUUGUCCAAAUCUGGUACCACAGACUUAAAAUCCAUCUGGUGGAAGCCUACCAGCAUGAUGGACUGGUCUUCAGAUGUUCUGGUCUUGUUCUGGGUACAAAUGACUUGAUUUCUUAAAGUCUCUCUUGCCUUUGUUAGUAUUUUCUCUUAAAUUAAUGAUGUGCUGUAAAAUUGUGUUAACAAUAUAAGAAUGUGCAAACUUGAAUAUUAACUUAUUUUCAGCAUGUGUACUUAAAUACACUUAAAAGGCAGAAAGUCCUUAAAAAGUGCAGAGCUGCAAAAUAAGUGUAGGAGUACUGUGCAACAUGUAGGCAUUUGACCAUAGUGUUUUGAUGUGUUGUGAACAUUCACCAGUGUUACAGGAGGAGCUCUGCAGGGUUAUGUUCUGAAUCAGUGUGCCAACAUGAAAUGGGAAGAUUAAUAUAACUACAGAUCUAAUACCCCAAAGCACUUUCAUGAUCAUGAACAAACCCACUCUGUAUGCUCUGUCCAUUUAUUUUCAUACUGUCUAUAAAUGGUGUUAUUUAUAGUAUAUCCCUUGUGUUGUCCUUCGAGUCACCGGGACCCGUCCAGUCAUUCACCCCCGACGCUCAACGCCAGGCCAAUAUGAAACGUCAAAUAAACGUAUAGUUAACCCUUGUUAAGGUCCCGGUGACCCGAAGGACAACACAAGGGUCAUUAGUGAACAUUGACAAAGGCUUGUAAAUUGAUUUUAAAAUCUGUUAGCUUGUAGUAUUUUUAUGCUACAUUCCAUUAUCCCACAUUGGACUCUCUGCUACAUAGUUGACUUUGGUUCAGUUUCCCUGUUUGUUUCCUUCAUAAAGACCACAUUGAGAUGAAAGCAACAUAAUAACUUUGUAACUCUUUCUUCUUCCCUUCUCUUUCUUCUCUUAACAUUUGAAUAAGGACAUGUCUGCAAACUAAAGUUUACAUCAAUAGGGUUUGUGGUUCAAUGAAAGCUAAUUUACAGUGUCUGUUAAUGGAGCUCAGCAGCACGUGUCCUCCAAGAUGCUCAGCAGUUGGUAUCCUGCUCGACUGGGAUUGUCUCAAUUAGUUAAAUAGAUCUCAUAGUCACACCUGCUUCAUUUUUAAAAAGCUUUCUCAUAAUUUAACUUAUGUUCAGCUCAAAAUCACUCCGUUUGAGUCCGGUCUGCUUCCUAACUGACCCAUCUGCCAGUCCGUAUCCUCAGUGUCUCGUUGUAUAACUGAAAAGUGAUGUUUUUCUACGGGGAACAUUUUAGGAACAGUGGCUGUAAAUAGGCUUAUAUUUAUAUUUUGGUGAUGUUAACAUUCCAAGAAUGUGAACAUGUAACAGAAUCUAAAGAAUGAAAAGUUUCAAAAUAAAGAGAUGUCAUUGUUUCAUGAA